AUGGCAAAAGUGAAUUCUUCCUUCUGGACACAAGCAGAUGAUAACGGAGCUGAUUUACUCUGUGGGCGGUCAGCUGACUACUUUAUUACAAAGGACCACUUCAUAGUGCUUCUGUGUUCCACUGUUGUUUUCGGAGGGUUUUUGAAGACGUGUUUAAAGAAUUUUGAAGUCAUUGUCUUGACAAUUCUUUCUCUAUCAGGAUUUGUGAUAGGACAACUGGCUUACCAUUUUGUUGAGGUGCACCAAAUUGUCUACCCUCUUCUAAGAACACCAAGUUUUUCACUUUAUUGUUAUUUUUUACCUAUAAUUAUAUUUACGGCUGCUUUGGAUGUGGACUUUUAUAUACUCAGGAAUGUGUUUUGGCAGCUCUUGUUAAUUGGAUUCAUUAGCUUUAUUAUAGCAUUACUCACAACUGGAUACGUGGUUCUGAAAUUCAUUGGAGAGUCGUGGGAUUUUCAAUCUGGCCUACUCUUUAGCAUGAUCCUUGGCAUUACAGACCCUCUUCAUUCUGUGAAUUUACUGAAAACUAUGGGCAUUUCUAAAAUGUAUACUGAUAUCAUUAGAGGAGAAUCAUUGAUCUUUUCUGGCAUCACAAGCAUUAUUUUUGGACUUUUUCGGAGCACCACAGUCCACAUUUCUAUGUUUAGGGAGUUAAAUGUAGUCAUGGGACUCUUCCUUGACAUUUUUGGAAGUAUAAUAUGUGGAUAUUGGUGUGCAAGAAUCAUUCAGUUUAUAUUGACUGACCUUUUUAGCAAUACGCUGACUAAUGUCAUUCUCUGCUUUUCAUUGGUGUACAUGACUUUCUACAUUGUGGAAGUUUUGGGAAUGUCAGGCAUUGUUGCUUUAGUCACUGUAGGACUGAAUUUAGAUUCUUUAAGCUUUAAGCCGAGGAUGGAGUUCAUAAUUACUAAGUUCUUAAUAAUGUGCUCAUCUGUAUACCAACAUUUAAUAUACACUUUCUUUGGUAUUGUGAUUGGAUGUGGAGAAAUCAAAUAUUUUACAUUUCACACUGUAGUUUUCGUAUUCAUCUUAUUGGCAACAGUAAAUUUUGUAAGAUUUCUUACCAUUUUGUUAGUGAGCCCUAUUUUUAUGCGUCUGAGUUAUGAAUAUAAUUGGCGAUGGGGAAUUAUUAUCACAUGGUCUGGAAUUAAAGGAGCUUUAAGCUUACUCUUGGCUCCUGAUAUUUAUAAUCUGGCUGAACAGAAAGUAGAGGCACCACAAAUGUUUAUAUUCUAUGUACAAGCAAUAUCGCUACUGACUAUGGGAAUAAAUUCCUACAUGAUGACCUGGUCAGCCAGGAGAUUAGGUUUGUGUACUAUUUCCCUCCCAAGACAAAUGGCCAUGGAAAAUGUCAUUCAGCACAUACAGGACACAAUACAGAACACAAUCACUUUACUUAAAACAGAAAAAAUUUUGACAAAUGUUAAUUGGAAUUUAGUAGAAGAAAAAGCGAAGAUUGAAUACAUUAUUCCUUUUUCCCCCAUUUCACAUGAUGGAGACGAGGAGGAGGAGCCCCCAACAGAAGAAGUUUUAACAGAAGAAGCCAGAUUGCACGUAGCUGUAAUACAAAUGAGUAGCUUUGAAAAACAGUGUAAUGAUGGAAUACUUGGAGUAGACGCAGCCCGGAUAUUAAUUGGUGCAACCAAAAGCUAUUGCCCCAUCCAAGGAAAAUUCAUGAGUAUUUAUGAUGUUUCAACUUAUGUAACAGCUAGAAGCUGGCUUAGGAAGUUUAAAAACAUGUUGACUUUCUUGCAAUAUAAGAAAGAAAAGGCACCUUUUAUCCCACCUGGGAGUUAUAAAUUUUUGAUUUACGUAUAUCACAUUGUAUUUUCAGAAGAAUUUGAAUAUACAGGACAUAUUAUAACCCUAAUGUAUAUUUAUCCUAUGAUAAUACAUCUAUGGCCAGUGGCAAGAGAGUUAAAUGUGUCAACACUGAUAUCAUUAAACUAUUAUUUUAUGUUUUUGUAUGUAUUAGAAUCAGCAUUGAAGUGCCUCAAACUAGAUUCUGUUAAGACAUGUUAUAACAGAUUUUUCUUCUCCCCGUUAUUCCAGAUAGUAAUACCAGUACUGAUAAAUAUUGUAGAUGGGCAGAUCAAAAAGCGCCUCAGCUUGAUGUAUAGUAUUACAAAAGGCUACGUCAAAAGUCAAGAAGAUGCCAAACUUUUUGUAAGACAAAUUUCUGGAUGCGAAUCAAUAUAUCAGAAAUUUUAUGAAAUUUUGGAUACCAACAAACGAGAUGCUGUCAAAGAAUUGGGACGCAUAGAGCAUGAGUGUCGUGAUGUUGUCAUUGCUUUGAAGACUAAGCAGGCAAUCCGGAAUGUGAUUGCUAAAGCUCUGAAAAAUCUCACCUUUCUUUGGUCAAGAGGCAUUAUCGAUAAAUAUGAGGGCAUUGAGAUGAAUAAGGUACUUCUUACAAAAAUAAAAGCCCUGAAUAACUUUCCAAUGGCAAUCCCACCCCCUACUCCAGACAAAUACCUCAAUAACAUCAUUUGGCUGGAAAAUAAAGAUGCUCUUAUUGAGUUCUUCAAGGAAAGAGCCAAACUUGCCUACUUUGACUAUGGAGAUGUCAUUUGUAAAGAAGGUGAAACGCCACAAGGGAUCUACUUAAUUAUUUCAGGAAUGGCAAUUUUGCAUAGUUCACCUCCUACCUUUGGGAUACAGAGAAACCUAAGGCCUGAUAGAGAGUCCAAAACCAUAAGUACAGAGUACUGUACUAGUGGGGACAUAAUUGGAGAGCUGAACUGCCUGCUUAAGCGUGAAUUUGAAUAUACUGUCAUCUGUGAAACUACUUUACAGGCUUGCUUUAUCUCCCUGGAGGAUUUAUAUGAAGGCUUUGAUGUCUUCUGGCCAACCCUGGAAUAUAAAAUAUGGCUAAAGCUUGCCCUUAGUACUGCCUAUCAGUAUUUUGAAUCAAGUCUCGUUGAUGAGGACUUAAAGUUUCAGAAGUGUGUGGUGCUCAAUCACGCGUAUGUGGAGACUUUAUCAAGCUACAAUGAAAUGACUAUUAAUAAUGUGACCAUGAAAUUCGUUAUUAUUGUGUAUGGCAGUGUGAUUGAUACUAAGACAGAGGAACCAUAUUUUGCACCUUGCAUUAUACCUAAAACCUGUGAGCAGGUUCAGGGAACUUCAGAUUUAAGCAAGCUUCUGAUAAUCCGGGUAUCCGAACCUGCCAAAAAUAAUGAUAAUGCCACUACCAUGGGUAAGGGAUAG